AUGUCGAAAAAGCACGCGACCGACUUCGAAAAGAUUAUCCACGCCGAUCGAAACCGCAAGCAGAAGGAGGCUCUCGCCGCCAGGAUAUUCAACCGUGACAGGCGAUCCAGCGCCCCAGGCAAAGGCUCAGGCUUGUCUUCGCCUUCUGCAGCAGCCGGCUCCCUUGCGAGUCGCGUCGGGGUGAAAAAGAACCGCGCAUCUUCCGGAGCAGUCAAGACCGGUGAUGUCAAUGGCAUCUGGUUCCAUGACUUGCAUGGCUCCUCGGCCGACGCGGCGAAGCCGGCCACGGGCUCACUAGCCAGUCGCAUAUCCACCCCCGGAGGCGGACCAGCCGCGCCCAAGGGCCCUAAGCGCCAGCAGCAGCAACAACAACAGCAGCAGCAGCAGCAACGCGCCUCGAAGCUCUCACAUGCGCUCUCCAGGGAUCAAGCAAAAGCGCCAGCUCAGCAGCAGGCCACCGUCAGGGACAGCGGCAUCUCCAUACGCGGCCUCGCUGGUCCGCCAGUCGUCAUGGCCCAGAAUUUUGCCCCCGGCACAACAGCCGCCGACAUCGAGAGUGCCUUCACCCCAUGCGGCGGCAUCGUCACGAGCUGUCGCUUGUUGAAGACGAGCCCCAUCAUCAUCGCCGAGAUAGUAUUCGAGGACCCUAAUGGCGCGCAACGUGUGAUUGACCAGUUCAACAACCAGAUGGCCGACGGCCGUCUCUUGAGGGUAUACCCUAAAGUUGGUGGAGGUGCCGUCACGCAGCCAAUCGUCUCCAGGCCCGAACCUCUCCGGAACGGGAGCGGAAACAUCAUAGAUGGUUCACACGGCUUCUCUGGCGGUGACUACGAUACCGGAAUGGAUGUCGACGCCGGUGCUGGAAGCGAGAGGAAGCUCUACAGCGACUCUCUGCUGCCUCGGAAUGGUAACGGCGGCCGUGGAGGCUCAAGGGGCAACAAUCGUGGUCGAGGAAAGGGGUCCGGCCACGAGUCCAGCCGGCCAGACGACACGCAAUACGAUUCACGCUCGGAGGCACGUGGUCUCGUCCAGGAGACGCAGAAUUUGCGGCCCCCUUGGGAUGGAGGCCCAGACGAUGGAUAUGUAGACGAGAGGGCACAUUGGGACAGCCACUCGCAACACCAUGCGCGGAGCCCGCGUCGCGGCAAUGCACCGACACAGCAUCUGCGAGACCACAAUAACAGGCACAACCGCUAUCAAGCGGGUCGUGGCGGCAACGAGGAUCAGUCUUACUACGACAACGAUUCGCGUCCUGCCUACCGCACCGGUUUUUCACCUCGCCGGGACAGAUCGCGGUAUUAG